GCUGCGCCGCUGGGGUUGGCACAUGCCAUGCUCCGAUGCCCCGGUGAUGGGCAGGGGAGGCUGACAGAGCAGGUCUGCGCUGGCAGGGCCCGUGGGCGCUUGGCUCCUGGAGACACAUGGGCUGGCUCUUGUUCUGCCCCGUCCUCACCGAUUUCUCUCUCCCCCCCAGGUACGGCCGCCGGCCACGCGUCUCCGCUCAGAGGAAGCAGGUUCCUGCCUAGGUCCAGAUACCGGGGCAGCAGGCUCCGAUGCCGGGGUGAUGGGCUCCAGCGAUGGCUCCGGUACCCAGGACGCAGGCUCCGAUGCCGGGGUGAUGGGCUCCAGCGAUGGCUCCGGUACCCAGGACGCAGGCUCCGAUGCCGGGGUGAUGGGCUCCAGCGAUGGCUCCGGUACCCAGGACGCAGGCUCCGAUGCCGGGGUGAUGGGCUCCAGCGAUGGCUCCGGUACCCAGGACGCAGGCUCCGAUGCCGGGGUGAUGGGCUCCAGCGAUGGCUCCGGUACCCAGGUCGCAGGCUCCGAUGCCGGGGUGAUGGGCUCCAGCGAUGGCUCCGGUACCCAGGUCGCAGGCUCCGAUGCCGGGGUGAUGGGCUCCAGCGAUGGCUCCGGUACCCAGGUCGCAGGCUCCGAUGCCGGGGUGAUGGGCUCCAGCGAUGGCUCCGGUACCCAGGUCGCAGGCUCCGAUGCCGGGGUGAUGGGCUCCAGCGUGAGCGCCGAGGCCGGCUGCAUCCCUGGCACCGGUGCCAAGGCCGAGGGCUCGGACACCAGGAGCCUCCCUUUGCACGCCGAGCUCCCGGCGCUCUGCCCAGAAGCCCUGUUCCAGGGCCCCGAGGCUGAGCCCUACAUGUGGUUCCUGAGGAGUCACCACUGCUACGCCGCGGUCCCCACCAGCUCCAAGCUGCUGGUGUUCGACACCACGCUGCAGAUGAAGAAGGCCUUCCUGGCGCUGGUGGCCAACGGGGUGCGGGCCGCCCCCCUCUGGGACAGCAAACAGCAGUGCUUUGUGGGGAUGCUGACCAUCACGGAUUUCAUCAACAUCCUGCACCGCUACUACCGGUCCCCGCUGGUGCAGAUCUAUGAGCUGGAAGAGCAUAAAAUUGAGACCUGGAGAGAGGUUUAUCUGCAAGGCUCCCUGAAGCCCCUGGUCUCCAUUUCCCCCAAUGACAGCCUCUUCAACGCCGUCUACCACCUGAUCAAGAACAGGAUCCACCGGCUGCCGGUGAUUGAGCCCUUGUCCGGCAACGUGCUCCACAUCCUGACACACAAGCGCAUCCUCAAGUUCCUCCACAUCUUUGGGGCCAUGCUGCCCAAGCCGCGGUUCCUGCAGAGAACCAUCCAGGAGCUGGGCGUGGGCACCUUCCGGGACGUGGCCAUGGUGCUGGAGACGGCGCCUGUCUACAUGGCCCUGGAGAUCUUCGUCGACCGCCGGGUGUCGGCACUGCCCGUCAUAAACGAAGCCGGGGAGGUUGUGGGCUUGUACUCCAGGUUCGACGUGAUCCACCUGGCUGCCCAGAAGACCUACAACAACCUGGACAUGAGCGUGCGGGAGGCACUGAGGAAGCGAACGAUCUGCCUGGAGGGGGUGCUCACCUGUCACCCCCACGAGACCAUGGGCGACAUCAUUGACCGCAUCGCAAAGGAGCAGGUCCAUCGCCUGGUUCUGGUGGACGAGAAGAACUCGCCACGGGGGAUCGUCUCCCUCUCCGACAUCCUGCAGGCCCUGGUGCUGACGCCCGCAGGCAUCAACCGGCAGUCGCUCUGAAGGUGCCAGGGAGGGCUGCUGCCACGUCUGUCUGGGUGGCCCCCUGGCGCUGCCCGGGGGAGGACAGCCGUGCAGCAGGCCAUGGCAGAGCCUGGCUGGUGACUCCGCUUCUGGGACUGUCUUUGCCUCGGGGGCGCACUCUCCGGGAGCUGAGCGACAGGACACGGGGAACCCCAACCACCCAGCCCAGCGGACAUAGACACAGAGCUGCCCCCUGGCACACACUGGGGCAGCCGCUUGGCUUGCCACCUGGCCGGGCCUGGCCCAGGGAAGAGCAGCCAGGCCCCACCGGGCCAGGGUAGGAGUCACGUAUAGAGUAAAGCUCAAGUGACACAGGGGAUGCCCGCAAAGUCCCCCCUCCCCAGACCUCCCGGCCCCCCCAGCCGCUUCGCAAGGCAAAGUGCUUCCGUCAACUCAGCUCCGGUUCCGCCCGGCUGCUCCCUCCGGCGCUGGUGUAAAUACUCCCCCCGAGGACCGAGACGAAAUUCUGCCCCUUUACCCGAUGGCUUCAACCCCUGCGCUGUGGGGCAGACUGCUUUGUUAGUGCAGGGUGGGGGGGCUGCUAUUGUAGGGUCACUCGGUUGUGCCCCCACCCAACUUGUUAUUGUGGGGUUGCUCGGGGGGGGCUGGGGUGCUCAGCCUGCUUUGUUGGCGUUUCUGGACGCUGCCCUCCGCACACUGGCUCGUUAUU